AUGGCCACUUCUCCAAGUGACAGUAACAUUACCUGGCAUGAACAAAAGGUCAAGAAAGAACAAAGGUGGAAACUUAAUGGUCAUCAGGGGGCAGUGCUCUGGUUUACUGGAAUGUCAGGUGCCGGAAAAUCGAGCAUUGCCAAUCAAGUGGAUGUGGCGCUGAACGAAAAGGGCAUUCGGACCUAUUUGUUGGAUGGAGAUAACAUUCGACACGGCCUCUGCAAGGAUCUUGGGUUCUCCCUUGAAGAUCGGGCAGAUAACAUUCGUCGUGUUGGAGAAGUCUGCAAGCUAAUGGCUGACAGUGGUGUCGUCGUACUGGCAGCUUUGAUCUCGCCGUAUGCUUCAGACCGAGAUGGUGUUCGCGAAAGAGUAAAUGGAACGGCCUCGUUUUGUGAAGUCUAUGUAAAGGCAAGCCUUGAAACAUGCGAAAAUAGGGAUCCCAAAGGUCUAUACAAAUUGGCGAGAGAAGGAAAGAUAAAGAACUUUACCGGAAUUGACGACCCCUAUGAAAAGCCAACAAAACCAGACUUGGUCCUGGAUUCUGACACGAAAUCAGUUCCUGAACUGACAAACGAAACCAUGCAGUGGGUGGAGUCGAGAAUAAAGCUUACAGGAAACUAG